AGGAGGGUCGGGCUCACACCUUUCCCAGAGACCUCGGGCGGUGGCGGCCGGGCCCGGGAGGGGCGGAGGCGGGGGCCAGACGCCUCGCCGCCGCCUCGGCGAAUAGCAGUGCGCUGCCCGCCCGGAUUGGAGCAGCAGCAUCACGCUGACCUCUGCCUGGGAUGUAAACCGGGACGGCCGCAGCGGGCAGAGGAAGGCUCUGCGCUCCUCAGGGAAAGGCAGCACCGGGCUCCGAGCUGGGAGCGGCGGCAGCCUCGGCCUGGGCAGCGCCCAGUGGCGGCUGCGGGAAGCAGAGGGAGCCCGGCGCGGGCGCGGGCGGGGAGCUUGCGUCGGUUCGCACAGGCAGCGGGAGGAGGGGCCGCGCGAGCCAUGGCCGGGGAUAGCGAGCAGACCCUGCAGAACCACCAGCAGCCCAACGGCGGCGAGCCCUUCCUGAUCGGCGUCAGCGGGGGCACGGCCAGCGGCAAGUCUUCCGUCUGUGCUAAGAUCGUGCAGCUUCUGGGGCAGAACGAGGUGGACUAUCGCCAGAAGCAGGUGGUCAUCCUGAGCCAGGACAGCUUCUACCGUGCCCUCACUUCAGAGCAGAAGGCCAAAGCCCUGAAGGGCCAGUUCAACUUCGAUCACCCAGAUGCCUUUGACAAUGAACUCAUCUUCAAGACACUCAAAGAAAUCACGGAAGGGAAAACUGUCCAGAUUCCCGUGUACGACUUUGUUUCCCAUUCCCGGAAGGAGGAGACAGUUACUGUCUACCCCGCAGACGUGGUGCUCUUCGAAGGGAUCCUGGCCUUCUACUCCCAGGAGGUGCGAGACCUGUUCCAGAUGAAGCUUUUUGUGGACACAGAUGCGGACACCCGGCUCUCCCGCAGAGUAUUAAGGGACAUCAGCGAAAGAGGGAGGGACCUUGAGCAGAUUUUAUCUCAGUACAUUACAUUCGUCAAGCCUGCCUUUGAGGAAUUCUGCUUGCCAACAAAGAAAUACGCUGACGUGAUCAUUCCUAGAGGUGCAGAUAAUCUCGUGGCCAUCAACCUCAUUGUGCAGCACAUCCAGGACAUCCUGAAUGGGGGCCUCUCCAAACGACAGACCAAUGGCUAUCUCAACGGCUACACCCCUUCACGCAAGAGGCAGGCCUCGGAGUCGAGCAGCCGGCCGCACUGACCCCAUCUCCAAAGGGCCGGAGGAGGGGGCAGGAGGCACUGCGCAUCUAUACGUGUGGUUUCCUAAGACAUUGCUGUAUUUAAGAAAACACCAUGGAGAUGAAAUGCCUUUUUUUUUUUUUUUUUUUUUUUUGGUACUUUGGAGCGACGAAGUGAAACAGGAGCUGACCCUGAGCUUAAAUGACAAACUGUGCCAACUACUACUGGUGAUGCCUAAUUAUGAGUCCAACGUGUAACCAGUUAUAAAUACAUAUAUAUAUAUA